AUGGAUUUACAACAAGAGUCAAAGUCACAAACUAUUUCCUGUUGUAAUUGUCAAGACGAAAAUAAUAAUAAUUUUGAAAAUUCUAUCUGCUCAAAUUACGAACGUAAAACUUGUUUAGAAGAAAAAGAAAAUGAACGAGUGAUAGUUGCACCAGAUAUAAGUUCAGAUGAUGAAUAUUGGUGUUCAUCAUGUUCAUCAAUAAAUGAUUCAGAAUUAAUAUCAUUAGAUACUAGAAAAUUAUGGCAAGAUAUUGCUCAUAUUAUUAAAUGUAUUUAUCGAGAAACCAAUAGAGAAUUUGCAGAAAAUCAUUCAACAAAUGAUAUAUGUAAAGCAAAACAAUAUGUACAGAUAUUAACUCAAUUAGAUGCUGAAUCUUUAUUUAAUAAAAUUGAAUCGAUUGUAUUAGAAUAUGUUAAUGAAAUACGAAAUCAAGUAUUAAAACGUUUUCAAACAUGUUUAAAAACAUCUAAUGAUGUACAAUUAUUUAUUUCAUAUUUUUUGGAUGAAUAUAAUACAUUUAUACAAGCAGCUAAAAAUAUUUCAACAAUUAUAUCUUAUUUAGAAGAACAUUAUAUGGAAUCUUUUCAUUUAACUUGGUUAUUAUAUAAUAAACAUUUAUAUGAAAAAUUAGUUUAUAUGGAUAAAAAAAUUCAACAUUCAAUGUCAACAAUGAUUGAUUUACUUCAACCAUCAAAUGAUAUUGAUAAUGAUUAUUCACCAGCUGAAUAUACACAAUUAUUAAAUAGAUUUUUAGCAUUUGAUGAAGAAAUGUCUGAAAUUGCUUGUUUAUAUAAAGAUUGUCAAACAAAAAUGACUUUAGUUUCACGAAAUUCUAUGAUUAAAAAACGAAAUCAAAUGGGUAUUAUUGUUACAGGAAAAAAAAAGAAAAUUUGUAAAAAAAUACAAACAAUUAAAAAUACACAACGAUUAACUAAAGAAAUUUUAAAUAGUUCAACAACAAAUGCUCUGAACAUUCCAUUAUCUAAUGAUUCUUUAACAGCAUCUGCAACAUGUCAACAAGAUUCAAAUGGUUCAUCAAUAGGUUCAGGAGUUGGUGGCAAAGAAUCUUCAUCAAUAUCAUCUUUUGAUGAAUAUCUACUUGAUAAUAAUAUAUCAUCAUCAAGUUAUACUAAGGAAACAUCGGAUAGUUUAAUUCAAAAUGAUAAUAAUAAUAAUCUUCAUGAACCUUUAUUUCAUGACAUAUUAAAUAAUGUUUCAUCUACGGCACAAAUUCAACAUGAAAUGAAUGAAUUAAAAUUAAAUGAAAAUAUAGCAACAGAUAAUAAUGAAGAAAAUAAAAAAGCAAUAAAAAAUGAAAUUACUAAAAAUGAUAAAGAAAAAUUAUCUAAAGGAACUUCAGCGAAAAAAUCUAAAUCAAAUAAACAUUCAUCAAAUCAACGAAAGGAAAAUUUAACAACAACUUCAAAUACUUCUUCUUCGUCAUUAUCAAAAACUUCUUUGACAUCCAAUUUAAUUCUUCCACCUAAACCACCAUCAUCAACAACAUCAAAAUUAGCAGCUGAUUUUCGUCCAUUAACUAGUCCUUUAUUAAAUAAAACAGAAAUUCCAACAUGUCCAUCACUUUUAUCAGCAAAAAUUCAAUCAGUUUCAUUUACAGCUGGAACAUUUGGUUCAAUAACAGCUAAAGAAUCUGUUCCUUUAUCAUCAAAUAAUCAAAAAAGUUUAAGUAUUAAUCUAUCAUGUAAAUCAGGUUUAUCAAUUAAAUCUGAUUCAACUAUUGCAUAUAAUAAUCUUGAUCAACUUCUUCGUCAAGCUACAUCAACUAAUGAAAUAUCUACAUUAUUAUCUUCAUUAGAAUCAUCAAAAACAACCGACGAUUUACAAAAAUCUUCUUUCAAUGAUAAAGAUUCUGAUUAUUGUUGUUGUGAUUUAUUUUCUGAAUCCGAUUCUUCAAUUACAAAUGGUUGUGCUACUUGUAUGCCUUUAACAACUAAUACAACUCUCACAUAUGGUUUCAAUCAACGUGAUAUUGAAAUGAAAGAACGAUUAAAAAUUAAACUAACUAAACGUACUAUAGAAAAUAAUUCAGAUCAAUCAAAAUUAUCGAUUGGAAAUAAAUCAAAAAUUAAACCAUCUAAUAAUAAUAUUGAUGAUUUAGUUAGAUUUAUAGAUGGAAAUGAAACAGCAUCAGAUGAACCAAUAACAAAAAAAAAGAAAAAGAAAAAAAAUAAACAAGUCAAAAUAAAUCCAUCUAAUGAAGAUAUCAAUGAGAAAAAAGAAAAUUUAUCAACAUCGAAAGAUUCUAUUAUUGAUAGUCCACAAACUUUAUCAAAACGAAAACAAAAAGCUAAAUUAAAACUUGAACAAAAACAAAAACAAGACGAUGAAUCUUCUAUAAAUAAACUUCCUACACCAUCUAUAGAAAUAUCUUCUUCUCAAAAAACUGAUUCUAUUCAAACAAAUAAUGAUAUUUUAUCUGAAAGUUCUAUUCCACCGGAAACAGAAAAAGAAGAAGAAGUAGAAGAAGAACAUGUAAAUUGGAUAACGAUUUCUCGUAAACAAAAUAAACAUAAAACAAUGUCAACACCUGUUCCAUCAUUGUCUACUACAUCUGUUGUACCAUCGAAUAAUAUUCAACAAAAAAAGUCGACUAAGACGAAAAAUAUAAAUAUGCCAACUCUUGUUCAAUCAAAGCCAAUAUCAGAAACAGUAUCAAAUAGUAAUAAACAACAAAAACAAACCACUAUUUUAGUUCCACCAUCUGUUCAAAAUCAAGUGAAAAAUCCUAAAUCACAAAAGCAACAGCAAAACAUAGAACCACCAUCUGCUUGGACUACUCAUGAACAAACUCAAGUAAAACCAUCAUCGACUCUUCUUGCUACAGCCCCAGUUUUUGUUCCAUCUUCUUCUCGUCUAUUCCCAAAUAAAGUUAAUGAUGUUCUUUUACUUGACAAUUCAUCAUCAUCAUCAUCUUCCUAUUUGGAUUCAAAUAGUUAUCUUAUUCCAUCAAGUUCUCUUCAAGAAUCAAUUCCAUCAUUUUCUCCAGCACCUGGUCCUCUUAAUAAAACAAAAUCUCGUUGUAUUCAACGACCUUCAUCUGAACCACGUUCUACUUCAUUUCUAAAUUAUUCUUCAAUUAAUAAUAAUAAUAAUAUUAGUAAUUUAAAUUCAACAUGGAAUGAUACAUCUAUAAUCAAUUCUAAUGAAUCCCAAUGGAUAUAUUCUGAUAAAGAAAAAUUUCAAACAUCAACAAUUCCAAAUGAUUUUCCUCUUUAUGAUCCAUUUAAUAGUGGUGCUGGACUUACUCUUUUAUCAUCAACAUUACCUAUCAAUGAUUUUGAAGAACAUUUAGAUGAUUUACGUAUUCCACAGAACAAUGCUGUCGAUGAUAUGGAUAUAUUUGAUAAGGAAAUUGAAGAUUUUAAAAAAUUUUAUAUUGAUAAUGUCUCAAUAAAUCCCCGUGAACAAGUGCAAAAUAAUAUCGAUCAUCAUUUUAUUCAUCAGUCUUAA